UUUUGGCACAAAUGGAACCUCAUAGAAAUAAAGUUCAUACAAAGAAAAGAAAAAGAAAAAUUCUCGAAAGGCCAUAGAUUUAUGUUUUAGACACAGAUUUCGGAUCAGCUCGUCAGCGAUGACCUCAUCAAGCCAAUCAGAGCGCGAGUCGCGCGCCAGCGUGUUGUGUCCCAUAGGAUGGUUCCCAUAGGAUGGUUCCAGUCUAUGGUUAAGAUACAUGUGUGCGACGGAAGUGAAUGACUUGAGUGGAUCCUCAUUUUCGAUCAACAAGGACCAUGACCUCCACCGACCAAGACCGAGAGUCACUUCAGGGUCAGAAACACUACUUGUGUGGUUCUAUCUCAGCGUUCGCCAACAUUGUCAUCACGUUUCCCAUACACAAGGCACUGUUCCGCCAGCAGUUGUUCGGAGUGCAGAUGAGGGAAGCUGUGCGCCAGCUCCAGAGGGAUGGUUUGCACACGCUGUACCGCGGCAUCCUGCCACCUUUACUGCAGAAAAGCAGCACUAUAGCAAUUAUGUUUGGCCUCUAUGAGGACUUCUCCAGGUUGUUGCGGCUACACGCUUCUCAAGCCCCCGUCCUGUUAACUGACGGCAUCGCAGCAGUUUUGGCGGGAACAGCGGAAGCAGUCUUUACGCCUUUCGAGAGGAUCCAAACUCUCCUGCAGGACCCGCGUCAUCAUGGAAACUUUCAGAACACCGCGCAUAUUUUUCGUGUUUUGCUUCAACAACACGGCAUCCGAGAGCUUUACCGUGGCCUUGUUCCAAUCCUACUCCGAAAUGGCCCUAGCAAUGUUUUUUUCUUUGGCUUGCGUGGACCGAUGAAGGAACUGCUGCCCGAGGCCGAGACAAAGACAGGGCACUUGGUUAAUGACUUUGUAUGUGGAGGGAUUCUGGGAGCGGGUCUCGGGGUGGUGUUUUACCCUCUGAAUGUAGUUAAGUCUCACGCACAAGUACAGAUUGGAGGGGAGUUUCAGUCCUGCAGGGUGAUACUGGCAAACGUUUUGAGAGCGAGGGACGGGAAGGUGAGCCGUCUGUUUCGUGGCGUGCAUUUGAACUUCCAGAGAUCUGUUUUCUCAUGGGGAAUCAUAAAUGCUACAUAUGAACUUUUACUGAAAAUAGUCUGAUUGAGAUGAGCCUGAAAAAAGGGGGAAUUCAAGUGAAAAGCAUCAGUGAUUCAGAGGAAAGAGUAGAAUAAGUCUUCCUCAUUCUAUUUCUGCUGCUAAAAACUCCGCACAUGUUUACUUCAAGUGCUAUGUUAACUCAAAAGAUGAAAACCGUUUUCAUUUCUUCAUCGUCAAGGCUAACUGAAAACACAAAUGGAAAUGUUUGAUUUGAUCAUUUUAGCAAUAUAUUUUCUAUUUGGAAUGGUAUUUAAACAAUUAAUAUGGGACGCAUAAUGUUUGGAGUUGGCAAUAUUUUUUUAUGCAAUAGUCAAAUUGUAUUGUAAUAGUCAAAUAUUAUUAGAAUUUAUUUACAAAAAUGGAAUCAGU